AAACUCCGCGCUCGGGGCGACCUCCCGCGUCACGUGGUUGGGGUCGCGGCGGUGUCCUGGCCGGCAAAGGCUGGCUCCGCGACGCCUGACUGGGCUGUCGCCAAGGGGCCCGCGGGCCGUACGCCGUGGCAGGCGUCUCUAUUUUCUUUGCUUGUCGCUAGCCGGUGGGGGCGGAGCGGUGCGGCCGGGGCUGUCCGUCGCGGAAUCAUCUCAGCGUUCCGGGGCCCCGCCCGCACAGGCACCUGGUCGGACAGCUCUGGCGGGCCUUGUUCGCGGCGAUAUCCCGGCGUGACCUCGGGGUGCGCUGGUCGGGAGCGGCGAGCGGGCAGAUUUAUGUGUCGGAAGUGGGGCCGAGCUGGACGGCACCGGCGGCUGGUGGGGCCGACGCGGGCACCAUGGGGUUAGAAUACUUAUUCAAAAGGCCUUGAUAUGCUCCUCUCAUUUGUAGGAGUCCGUGAGUGCUGUGGUCUAGUAUGGAAAACUGCAUUUGGAAUAUUGCAAGCAAAAAAGUUUUUCCUUUCAGUGGUGUGAUAGGUGUACAGUUGGUGGUUACCAUGGUAAUGGCUAGUGUCAUACAGAAGAUCAUACCUCACUAUUCUCUUGCUCGUUGGCUUCUCUGUCGUGGCAGCUUACGGUGGUAUCAACAUCCCACUGAAGAAGAGCUGCGGAUUCUUGCAGGGAAGCAAAGAGGGAAAAGUAAAAAAGAUAGAAAAUAUAAUGGUCAUAUUGAAAACAAACCCUUAACCAUUCCAAAAGAUAUUGAUCUUCAUCUGGAAACAAAAUCUGUAACAGAAAGGGAUGCUAUUGCAUUGCAUUACUUUCCGGAAUAUCAGUGGUUGGUGGAUUUCACUGUUGCAGCUACAGUUGUUUAUGUGGUGACAGAAGCCUAUUACAGCAUUAUGAAGCCCUCACAAGAAAUGAAUAUCAGCAUAGUGUGGUGUCUGCUUGUCUUGGGUUUUGCAGUUAAGGUACUGUUUUCAUUAACUACCCACUAUUUCAAAGUUGAAGAUGGAGGUGAAAGAUCAGUCUGUGUCACCUUUGGUUUUUUCUUCUUUGUGAAAGCCAUGGCAAUACUCAUUGUGACAGAAAACUAUCUAGAGUUUGGAUUGGAAUCAGGAUUCUCGAAUUUCUCAGAAAGUGCUAUGCAGUUUCUUGAAAAACAAGGUUUGGAAUCCCAGGGUCCUGUGUCUAAACUAACCUUCAAAUUGUUCCUGGCUGUUCUGUGUUCACUUAUUGGUGCUUUUUUGACAUUCCCUGGCUUGCGACUGGCUCAAAUGCAUCUGGAUGCUCUGAAUUUAGCAACAGAAAAAAUAACACAAACAUUGCUACAUAUAAACUUCUUGGCGCCUUUAUUUAUGGUUCUACUGUGGGUAAAACCAAUCACUAAGGACUACAUUAUGAGCCCACCUUUGGGCAAAGAGAGCAUUCCUUUAAUGUCAGAAGAUACAUUUGAUACCAUCAGAUUGUGGAUUAUACUCUUGUUGUGUGUUUUACGGUUGGCUAUGAUGCGUCAUCAUUUACAGGCCUAUCUGAAUUUAGCCCAGAAAAGUGUGGAUCAGAUGAAAAAGGAAGCUGGUAGAAUAAGUAUGGUUGAUUUACAGAAAAUGGUGGCUCGGGUAUUCUAUUAUCUCUGUGUAAUUGCACUGCAGUAUGUUGCACCAUUGGUAAUGCUUCUUCACACAACUCUGCUCUUGAAAACACUAGGUAAUUAUUCUUGGGGCAUCUACCCAGGACUGAAUUCUGACACUCCAGUAGAAAACAGUCUGCUUCCCAGUUCUGUUUAUUCUGAGUCUCCACCUGCUGAUGGAAAGAUGAAAAUAACUGUAGUACAAAUAACAAUGGCUCUGGGAAGCCUAAAGAAUAUUUUCACUCCUCUCCUGUUCCGGGGACUCCUGUCUUUCCUCACUUGGUGGAUUGCUGCUUGCCUUUUUUCUACAAGCCUUUUUGGUCUCUUCUAUCACCAGUACCUGACUGUGGCAUGAACAAGUCAACUGACAGAGCAAAUGUGAGGUCAGAUUCUAGAUACAAUGUAUCCCAGCUACCCAAGAGGAGAUGACGAGAAAAGAAAACAAUAUAUGUGAAGAGAAAACAUAUCAUAAUUAUUUUUAAAGACUUCCUUGGUGUUCUCAGGGCGAAUAAUCUUAAAAUGUUUAAAAUUGGAACUGAGUUUGUUAUUUUUGUUACCCAAAUGGUAGGUAACUAAUUCAGUUAUAGUCCUGGAACUGACUGACAUUAUUGUAUUGUAGAUGGUGGAUGCUGAAAAGAUGUGACCUCUGAGUAUCUUGGUUUCCAUAAACAGCAAGCCAAACUCAAAAAUUUGUUUUUUAAGUAUCAACAGUCACUGACUGAACUGCAUUCAAAGGGUACUGGACAUAGUGAUGGUGGCUGCCUAUCGAUUAAGUCUUGAAACUGAGCCAUACAAGAGAAAGGAGAGAGAGGGGAUUUAAAAAAAAAAUUCUGUUGGAUAGCUGUUGAUCACUUUUCUCCUUGGAAAUUAAAAAUCCAACAGGACAAAAGAGGUACUGUAUAUUACAGUAAGGAAAGUUGUAUAAAAUAUAAAUUUAACAGGAGUGGAUGUAUGCACCUGACAGGUAUUGCUGCCUACAUAUUUUGCAGGAGUGCUUGUGCAGUAAGGAGAGAGUUAUAACAAAUACAUUAUUUCAGCCCUUGCAGUCAUUUUGAAGUAAUGGCCAUCUGUAUUGGUGCUAGUAUUGAUCCACACAUUGCAUCUGGAUCUUUUAAAUUUCUUCUUUUGAGGUAGUAGAUAAAUUCCACUGAGUUUACAAAAGAAUAGAAAAUAAUUAGUGAGUCAACAUUUCAAACAUUUCAAAACAAACAUUUCACAUGUCAAAUAUUUCAAAACAAAACAUUUUAAUCCUGCUGACUGCUAGUGUAUGUAUAUGUGUUAUGUACAUAUAUUAUAUAUCAACUAUAUAAAAAUAUAUAUGAAGGUAUGAAAUAUGGAAUCUUUAUUUUAAAUUCCUGAAUGUAUCUCACAGUGCUGUAGGAGAGGGGUGUAUGUGUAGCUAAUAAUUUCAAGAUUCCCUUUUGAAAUUAAACUUGUAAAUUUUUCUCUUUUUUCUCUUUUUUUUAAAUUUUUUUCUUUUUUUUUGAGUUCAGUUGAAAGAGCUAUUUGAUUUUUGUGCCUCUUAAGAGGUACUUAGCUAUACUAAAGAACUUAAAAUGUCUUGGGAAAAAAGAUCUACUUAAACUGUUAAUCUUGAAAUUUCUGUUCUGUCAAAUCAUCAUCUUUUGCCACUUUAAUCUGUGCUCACUUGACCAUAUAAUGGUAAUUAAUAUAUCUUGGCUUCAGAAAUAGAUUUUCUGUAUAAUAAAACAGCUGUGUAAUAAGAAAAAGAGCAAAGUAUUAACUUUACAAUUUUUGCCUAACUGGAUAGAUAUAUUCCAGUCAUAAAAUUAUUUACAGUUUUUCUGAUGUUUUGUGUAUUUGCAAAACAGGAAUGGGGAUUUAUAUGCAGUAGCUUUUUUAAACAGUAUGUAUUAAACUUCACAGAGGUCACUGGGUUUUUUAGCUAAUACCAGCUGUUUUUAUGUUACUGUUCUUUUUCUCUUGAAUUUGUGUACAGCUUUGGCAUAUAAUAAGCAUUUAUAAAUAUAAAAGCUUAACUAAAUUUUUAAUAUGUAGCAAACCUACCAUAUGGGAGAACAAACUCAAUGAGUGCAGAAAAUCAGGAUUUUAAGCUGGUGAUAAACUAUCUUGCUGUGUUGAAAGCCUUUUAAGUUAUUUAUUAGUUUAUUAAGUUGCAUUUAUUGGAGAAAGAUUUGUGUACAACAGCCUAGUACCUACUGCAUGUGUUUGGGACAUCUGAGAACACCUUGCAUGAUACUGCUGGUUUCAUUGCAGUAUUUCAGCGUGACUGGGACUGGAAGCUUUGUUGUUUUCACACCAACUUUUUGAAACUAAUAGGAACAAAGGCUUAACUGUGAAUUGGCCAAAAAAAUAAUAUUUGACCUCAUAGUUUCAAAUUUCAAGCAUUCCUUGGAAGUAUUUUUCAGAUGAAUAAUUGAAUGACAAAAUAUGACUGGUCCAAUAAUACUGCACCCAUUUUCAUAUUAGUUCAAGAUAUAUCAUUACAAGAUACAUCAUUACUAACAGAAUUACUAAGGUCAGCUUUUAAGUUAGAGUUAGGUGUUCAAUGCUAAACUUUUGUUCAGAAAAAUAAAACAAUGCAAAACUGUUUGUUUCUGACAGUGAACUUGCCUGAUGAAGUUCACUAUAUAGGAGAUGUAACCUGUUGUUGAAAAUCAGAAGGAGUAAAUUUUGGAUACUUGAGAAUACUUCAAAAUAAUGUUAAGCAACAGUUUUUGCUGACAUUGUCAUUCUGAAAGCUUGUAAGCAAAAGUGAACUGUAGUUAUAUAAUAAUGCAUUCGGCAAAAGUAAUAAGGAUCAUAUAGCUGAACUUCACAAAGCUUUUGCUAAGAGCUCAUGCUGACUUACUAUUCUGACAUCACACUGAUCACAGUGAAAAAUAGGCACCUAGUGUUACAAACAUGAAGAUCAGUUCUUGUAGCCACUGUGCUGUUCCAUUGUUCUACAGACCAUUGUUCUGCAGGAUUGAAUGGUUGACUUUCUGGUCAGCAUUGAGUGGGAGAUGGUCUUUCUUUAGAUCCAUUUAAUCCUGACAUGAGUCCAGAAGGCUUCUGAAAAACUAAAAUAUGGUAAUAAAAGCCUUUGAAACAUGUGGUGACAGUGAAACCAGAGGGACCAUAUUGCUAAGGUAGUGAGCAGUGCUUCUGACAAGUGAUAUGAUGUGAUAUGAUCAUAUCACAUAGUGAUCAUAUGUGAUAUGAUCAAAAAUGUGUUUUAUAGUAAAGUAGCAACCCUGAUAGUCCUGACUUCCAUAUAUAUUGUGUAAAGUUCAAAGGAAUACCUGCUUACUUCUGUAGUAAGUUCCUUUGAAACAGCAGCUGGCAAAUACUUUUUUUGUUUGUUUCAUGGAGACUUUAUCAGCACCUGGCGAUGGGGGUAAAACAUCUUGCAGAAAUGGGAAAGCAAUAAAAUGUGACUGAAAGGUUGGUAUAUGUUACUCAGGUUUCUGAAACAUUUUGUCUUGCUUUUUGUCCACUACUUAGUAAAAAAAUUGUAGAAUGGUUUGGGUUGGAAUGAACAUGGAAUGGAUCACUUUUCACCCAGACCAGGUUGCUCCAAGCCCCAUCAAACAUGGCCUUGAACACCUCCAGAGAUGGGCAGCCAUAGCUUCUCUGGGAAACCUUAUCUAGUGCCUCACUAUCUUCACAGGCAAGAGUUUCCCAUCUAACACCUAAUCUAAAUCUCCUCUCUUCUAGUUUAGAAGUGUUCCCCCUUGUCCUAUAACUCCCUGCCUGUGCAAAAAGUCAUUCUCCCUAUUUUUUAUAGGCCCUCUUUAACUAGUGGGAGGCCACAGUGAGAUUUCUCUUAGUUUCUGAGAGAUUUUAGAAGGAAAUGUUCCUUUGGCAAAGAAUCCAUGUCUGUUUAUUUCUUCUUAAAUUCAGAUCUCCCUUCCUCUCUUAGUGAUGCGACUUCCAUUGCUGAUCUACAGCGCUGUCCCUAUGUUCCCUUCUCAGAAUCAAGUAGGCUAAAUUAGUUCAAGAUUGUAUUUUGACUUCUGUUUAGUUUAAAUUUAUCUAUUUUUGAAGGAUUAGUUCCUUUAAAUAGUUCAAAUAACUUGAAAUUCCAUCUGAAACAUGAACAAACUUGUUAAAAUUUGUUUAAACUCUGCACUUUUAUUAUGUGGGUCCCUUAGUCAAAGGGUUAAGACAGUGAAAAAUCCAAGUCUUCCAGCAAGUUCAGGUCCAAACAUAACACUUGGGCUAUUUCUGAGCUAAGAGAAGUUGAUUAGGAACAGGAGAAUAGAUUAUAGAAAGCCUAUUCUUACAAUUUGUAGGUGACAUUCUCAGGCUGCACUUGUCUUCUUUUAAUUCCUUCUCAAGCCAUAGGUUAUGCCAGUUUUUGAGGUUUUCUUAGCUGUGCAGUCUUUCCCUCUAGAAUUCGCUUGCAUAAAGGAUCUACAGAUUAAAUAUUGGCAUCAGUACAAGAGAACAUCCUUGUACAGAAGAUACUUAACAGAAAAUUAAUUUCUGUUGCAGUUGUUGUUCUCCUUAUUUGGAUCACAAGUGCUGCAAGGUGUUUAAACAGAGAUACGUUCUUGCCUGGAUUGUAAAGUCAAACUUGUCUUAAGAACAAAAAUGCUACCAAGACAUCAGCGCAACAUUUAGGCAGCAUAACCUCACUCUAUGUAGUGGUUAGCAAGUACAGAAAUUUCAGCUAACUUCCAAGGAACAAUUCAAAGUACUGCGCUUCAUUACAGUAACUACACUUAAGUGGUAAUUGGCAUUUGGGAUAUAUCAAAUGGAAAAUUGAGCACAUCUGAUCUUAAAGCUGCAGAAAUGUUCUCUAAGGUAAAAGGCCUUAUGUCUCAUUAUUUUCAAAUAGUUGUGCUUUUCACAGAGAUAAUUUUGAUCAGUUUUUAAAUACUAUGCUUCAUGAUUUUUCUCAUGACACAUUAUGCACAUUAAUUUGUUUGACACAGCCCCUCCACACCCAGACUUAACCCCACAGUUAAUGUUGUCACUAUAAAGUUCCUAGAUACUUUUAUUUAAAGUUUAAGAAUUGAGUGCCCAGACAAAAUGGAGACAUUGAACAAGAAUGAGGCCAAAGAAUAUUGUAUGUUCUCUUGGAGGAAUCUGUUAUGCCUGAGCAAAAUCGUAAUGGAGGAAGGCAACAGCAGGUUAUUUGUAUCUUAAAUCAAUAUUAAAUAUGAAUUAUGAGUAAGACUGUUAUUUUUAGCAUCUGCCGCCUAAAUCCCAAAUGGUAAAUAAAGAGCAAUAUUUUGUUGACCUUGCAGAUGUCUACUCUAAAGAGCAUCUAGGCAACAGAUGCUUAGAAGCCAGAUGUCUGAUCUCACUAAGCAAGCUGAUUCAGAUUAGUCUGUCUGUGCUUCAGAGUGAUUUUUGUGCAACUCCUUUUUUAGGAAGACCUGCCAUGCUUUGUGACCUGUGCAGUACAUACAGUCAUGUGCUGUAUGAUGAAGUAGAUGGCGUGUCUCAUUUCCAUUCCUGAGUACCAGACUGAAAGGUCUUCCUGCUCUAGGUGAGAUCAUGAAGCCAACAUGUCAUUCCAGGCUGCUUUUACUGAUAUCUGUAUAUGCUGCAAUUAACUUUUUCCAGUCUCUCACUGUGGACUGCCAGGAGGGUAAUAUUGCACUGGAUAUUGUUUUGCAUGUCAGUGUAAAUGUAUUUUUAUACAUUUGAUUUCAAUGGUGUUUUUAAUGGAAAUUAUUUUUAAUCCUAAUACCAUGGAUCAUAUUUUCAUUUUUAAAAUUAGUGUCGGUGCCUGCAACUAGAAGUCAAAAACUUCUACACAUUUUUUUUUUAAAGCUUGAUGUUUAGGCUGAAGUAUUAACAGGUAUGCAGUUUUAUAGCAAAGUCCAAAAUCUACCUGUAAAUACCAGAUUUUUUCCAUGUGAUUACACAUCAGUCAAAAACCCUUAGAAUUUGUACUUGCAGUGUUUUUUCGCAACAACAUACAAUCCAUAUGACCCUGCUAUCCAUAAAACACACAUCUCAAAAGAGCUUUGAAUAGCUUUUUACAAACUCCUUAGUAGUUAGUCAUUAUUCUUUUAUUGUGCUGCAUUAUAUUUUUUAAAACCUGGCUUAAAUUUCCUUAAAGUCAGACUUAUUCUCUCUUAAAGUCUGACUUACUCUCUCUUCCUCUGUUCAUAGUAACUCUGCCUCCCAUAUGUGUUCUAAGUUUCCAAAAUACAUAUUUACAGUAUUUUUCAUAAAAACAUAGGACGAAGAAAAAGGCACCAAAAAUUGUAUUUCAUAACUGCAGUUCAUACCUGUGUCAUGAUGUGCCAACAGUUUUUAUUUUUUUAUUUUUCCUAUCUUUGGUCAUUCCUUUAUUCCAUUGUUAACAGUAUGCAAGGCUUUCUAGGAGGCAUUUAAAUGGAAAAAAAUUCUGUAAUAGAAGUUACUGAAAGCUGUCUAAUGUUUCAGUCUUCCCAUUUAUGUGAGCAAAUAUUAAUGCAAACAUGCUAUUAAAUAAUUUCAGCCUAAAAUUUCUCAUAAGGUAGACAUGUUACUACAAAUUGCAGAGAGAACAUCUUCCAAGUUGUAAAUAUUUUACUUUAAGACUUUAAGUCUUCUGCUUGUCUCAUUGUUGCUGGGAACACACAAAUUCAAUGUUGUUCUUCAGUUAAUAAUCUUUUUCUUUUUGUCUUUAAGUGAAAAGCACAUAAUACUUUCUACUCUCAAAUAAAGACCUAAGACAAAAAGAUUUCCCUACCUUCAUUUAAGUAUUUGCCAAAUAGAAAAGACUCUGAUGUUAUAUAUGUACAUUUUAGCUUCCUAUUACUGCUACAAUACUGUUAAAAUAUGAUUUUUAUAAUUAGAGCUUUACAAGUACUAAGACUGUCAUGCUUCACAAUGAGGAUGGUGUCAAGUGGUGUUUGCAUUAUAUGGAUCUGGUAUUGCAUUACCUGCUGUUUAAAAACAAAUUGCCUCCUAUGCUUUUAAAUGUUCAUCAGGAUCUGUGAUCAGAACAGCACAGCACAAGUUGAAAAAGCUCACUUUGGGGUGUUUUUUUGGUUAUUUUGAAGCUUUUUAAGUGAUGUGGAUAAUACUUGGGUACAACUACUACAGCUAAUAAACAACCUCCAGUAAUAUUCUUUUUGUACACUGUAAAGUGCCUAAUCGUGGGUGAUUCUGGCAGCCCUUGAAAUAAGGUUUGCUAUGAAAUUAUUUUUUCCAUACAAUUUUUGGCUUAUGUAAUAUCCAUGUGUGGUUUUGUGCUACUUAUUACAUAUUGGAAACAAGAUUUUGAAGAAAUCUUUUCCAUUCCUCUUGCUUAAAUGGUAAUCUUAACAAUUUUGCCCAUAUCUGACUGAUAAUUGAACACACCUAAUUUAAAUUAACACCCUCCCUCUGCCACCUUUGCAUUGUCUUAUUCAUGACUGAGGGCAAGUGUUUACAAGAUUUGGAAUGGUUUGACUUACAAAGUUCUGUAGUGACACCUGGUGUUAAUUAUACCCCAGGCACAUGGGUGAUUACAGCCAGGUAAGUAGUUCUGCUUGGGCUCAGAAAGGCAACACUGAAGGUCACUGAAGCCUUAUGGAUUUGGAGCACAAAGAGCACAAUUGUGAUACCGCUGACACCAAGCUUCCAAAAGUUACACCUUAAAGAAUUUGUACAAUUCUGUUAGAAUAUUCAAUAGUGAAACCACCCUUACUCUGAAACUACUUGUCCACCUUCAGGAAUGCAAGAGCUGAAGGUAGAACCUGACUGGUUCAGCAAUGAGGUUAAAAAAGUGAGGAAACAACAGGCCCCUGCUCCUGAGUUAAUUAUACAUUCUGCAUGUGAAAUGCUUGUAAGUUGAGAUGGUGUUGCUGAUUCAAAUCUACCAAAGGAAGCCUUCUGAGGAAGGCUUGUCAAAGCAUGUUGAGCUUUUAGCUCUAAAAAGUGGCUAUAGAAAUCUGUACUGUAUAUAGUACACUGUUUGGGAAAACCUGGUACAGUAAGCUUGCUAAAUAUUUCCUUACACUUUUUUAAGAAGUUACAUUACAUUUUUUACUGUAGAGCAUUUAAGAAGCUAGUUUUGCCUUGCUCAUUUUAUAUUAAUGUGAAAUUAAUAAGAAUUGGUUUGUCAUUUAAAUGCCUAAAUUUCUUUAACAACAGGAAAUUUCACAAAACUGAAGCAAGGUUAUACUUUCUUAUUCCCUAUUCAUUUUGUUGAAAUGUUACAGUUUAACUCCACUUUUAUAAUGCACACAUUAUUAAAAUUAAAUUUAUGUCUAUUAGUUGCUCAUGGUAAUACCACAGCAAAUCUAAGAGAAACUGUGAUAUCUGCUGUUUAUCAAGUGGCUCCAUCUACUUAUUUGCCUUUGUAAAGCGUUAACCCAUGUUGGACAUAUAAUGUCUACUGCAGUAAUGUUCCUAUAGUAUUGUAGUAUCCUUACAUGUACUCUGCAUGCCUUGCACUUGUGCACUGUAAAGAAUUAAAAACCCCCUUUAUUUUAUAUAGGUUUUCCCAUAUCCAAGAUAAGACAAUUUCUAAAGCCAAAGAUCAAUAAAUGUUUGUCUACCA